AUGACAGCCGGGACGGUGGUCAUCACCGGGGGCAUCUUGGCGACUGUGAUUCUGCUCUGCAUUAUUGCGGUUCUGUGCUACUGCCGGCUUCAGUACUACUGCUGUAAGAAGGACGAGUCGGAGGAGGACGAGGAGGAGCCAGACUUCGCCGUGCACUCGAGCCUGCCGCCGCUGCACUCCAACCGGAACCUGGUGCUGAGCAACGGGCCGGCGCUCUGCCCAGCCGCCGCCUUCAGCCAGAGGUCCCCACCAGCCCGCGCCCUCUGCCGCAGCUGCUCCCGCUCCGAGCCGCCCGCCUUCUUCCUGCAGGAGCCGGAGGACGAGGGCAUCAGCAACGGGGGGGAGCACGUGGCCUACAGGAGCAUCAGCCAGGAGGACGUGGGGCCGCCGCCCGGGGGCUUUGGGGGGCUGCAGGCGCUCAACCCCAACCGCCUGUCGGCCAUGCGAGAGGCCUUCUCCCGCAGCCGCAGCGUCAGCACCGACGUCUGA